AUGUCUGGACAGCAAGGACGCAAGAUCGCCAUUGUUGGCGCCAGCGGCAACGUCGGUGGCCUGACCCUCAACGCCCUGCUCGAGAAGGGCAUCCACACCAUCACUGCCGUCACCCGAGCCGAGUCAUCGGCCACCUUCCCCGAGAAGGUCAUCGUCAAGAAGGGAAGCUACGAUGAUGAGAGCUUCCUCGUCUCCGCUUUUCAGGGCCAGGAUGUCGUCCUCCUCGCCCUCGGAUUUUCCAGCUAUUCAACGGGCCAGGAGCCCCUCAUCCGCGCCGCCGCCAAAGCCGGCGUCAAGUGGAUCCUCCCCACCGAAUUCGGCUCCAGCCCGGACCCCUCUAAGCUGCUUGAUUCCAGCCCUAUCCUGCAAGGAAAGAUCAAGACCCGUAAGCUGAUUGAGGAGCUUGGCGCCAACUGGAUUGCUAUCGUUAACAACCCCUGGCUCGACUGGUCCCUGCCCUCGGGUUUCUGGGGAAUCGACGUCAAGAACCGUACCGCGACCUUGUACGAUGGCGGAAAGACCAAGUUCGUCACUACCAACCUUCCCACCACCGGCAAGGGUACCGCUGGCGUCCUGAGCCUCCCCGAUGCCGAGCUGGAGAAGUACCGCAACAAGCCCUUCUACCUCAAGUCGUUCUACCUCACCCAGCGUGACAUUCUUGACAGCGUCCAGCGCGCCACCGGCACCACGGACAAGGACUGGAAGAUUGAGGAGGCCGACGCCGCGACAGUCGUCGCCAAGGCAGAGGAGAAUGCCAAGAACGGAGACCACUUUGCUGGCCUCAUUGCUUUCUACGUGAACCACAUGAGACAGGGCUGGGGAGGUGACUACAACGACAAGGUCACCGACCUGAGCAAGAUUGGUCUGGAAGAGGAGAGCUUGGAUGAGACUAUCAAGAGGGUUGUGAAGGAGAUCCAAUGA